AAUACUGUGGAAUUGGCAAUUGUCCGUUCACGUCAAUCAUAACAUUUUAAACUUGAUCCAAAAUGGAAUACAAGAUGAAUAUAAGUAUGGAUUUUAACAAAAUCAUGGCCGAUAGAGGAAACCCGGAGAACCUGCCCCCUCUAAACAUAUUUACGAGCAUUUAUUUAUACAAUCACAGGUACAUACCAUUACCGCGCGGCUGGUUUAAUGACUGCGUGGAUACGGUAGUCCUAUACUUCUCCCAAAGAAAUAAGGACAGAAGCGACAAAAUCAUGUUGAAAUUCUAUGAAAUAUACGAAAAUGCACGAUUUAAGAACACGCCCAUAGAAGUCAUAAAUGUGCCAUUAGAUGACAAUCAGAGAGAUAUGUGCACUAGCUACGAUCACCAAGCAAAUUGGUACACACUCAUGUAUGGAGACCCUCUUAUAUUAUACCUCAAAUACCUAUACGAUAUAACUCGUGUACCUCAUCUAGUUGUCCUAAGAACUGAUGGUAGUAUAGUCUCUACCGAUGGCAUAGCAGACUUAGAUACUCACGGAGCAAAUGCUAUAGGUGCUUGGAUGUCUAUUGACGCGGCUGCCAUAAAAUGUAACCAAUUAAGGAAAAUAUCAAGAAUGCACAGCAAUAAUUGGAUGUAUUUGACCGAAUGUGGUGGAAAAGAUGAGAAGGCAGUUUACUUUAGAAAGUUCAGUGUAGCGCCGGCUUUGCAUCCAGUAAUGACAUCACUCGGACGGUCUAUUCAAAAACUUCGCUCGAAUUGGAGAAGCAUGAUUUUGGGAAACAGUUCCUGAUGAGAUCUGUUGCCCUGGUACCGUGGUGGUGGUUUCGCUGGUUCUGUCUGUAACUGCAUUGAGAUAGACCUGUUUAACUUUAAAGUGAAGCCUUCAGAAUUUCUCUUUUUAUAUCUUCUUGGGCAUGAAGUCCUAGUACUUCUUUGAAAGUUUGUUAGUUAUUAUUUUUAACUGCUUUGAUAGUUUGUUUUAAGUACUCAAUUUAGCUUAAUGACAAUUUGCUUAGAUUUGUAUUCUUAUCUUAAACUUACGAGAAAGUUCUUUUUAAGUUUACUUUAAGAUGUUAAUUAAAUUUUUAAGUUUCUUUUUCGUGGUAAAAGUGCAUGUUCUUAACUGUUAAGUUGUGUGACAUGCAUUCGUUUUUCAUUUAUCAUUUAGGUUAUGUUACAA